AUGAAACGAAUGGAUGAAAUGGUCCAGCUGCCGACUGGCGUGGGCACAGGCAGACAAGAUCGAGCCGCGGCUCAUCUUGAAGUCCAGGGCUUGCUGCACAUGGAAGCCAAAAGGCUCGCAUCGUUGUGCAAGGCUACAGGGACCCUUCCGGUCCUCGCCAAGACCACGCUGGUGCUGAUGUUGCAAUGGACAGCCUGCCACAAUGUGCCGGUGUGGAACGGCAAUUCAAAUCAGCCUUCCCUUCAGGGUGAACCUGACACCGAGCGGCCUGCCUGCAUCUACAUGGCCCCGCCCAAGGAUGGCAUCGCUCUGGCAGCUGCGGAGGAGUGGAGAGAUAAGAGCUUGCUGUACCAGCUCACAGCUCCUGUGUAUGGCCAAGCCAAUGCUCCUCGACGUUGGUACCUUCAUGUACUGCGCACGCUGCUGGAUCGCCAAUGGCAAGUUCACACAUUGGACCCUUGCUUUGUGUUGAUGAUCAAGUUGCAGCGCUUCUAG